UUCUUCUCCGAUGGAACUCUUAACGAGGAAGAACUUGAAAAACUUUUCCAUACCAUUGAUUCAGACAACACCAACAACGUGGAUACGAAGGAAUUAUGUGAUUAUUUUACCGACCACAUGGGAGAUUAUGAAGAUGUUUUGGCUUCCCUGGAGACCCUCAACCUCUCCAUUCUGAAGGCCAUGGAUUACACCAAACGGGUGUAUGAAAGAGGAACCAAUGUGGACCAGUUUGUGACCCGUUUCCUGCUGAAGGAGACAGCCAAUCAGAUUCAGUCUUUACUCAGCUCGGUGGAAAGUGCUGUUGAUGCUAUUGAUGAGCAAACCAGUCAGAUAAGACAGUUCCACAGUAAAUCUGGCCACGGUGUCAUGGACACCUGGUACGACAACCCUGUGCCUAAUUAUCCCCCCAACAACAGAAUGGUAACCAAAGAACGCAGGAAAAGCUUCCAGACUGCCUCUUCAGACACCAAGGAGGAAGGCUUGGAAGCUCAGAUCAACAGGUUAGCAGAGUUGAUUGGGAGGCUGGAAAACAAGACUCUUUGGUUUGACCUGCAUCAGCGACUGUCGGACAGUGAAAACACAGCUUGCACAUAUCUUCUUUUGGUACGAACUGAGAUGACAGUUUCCCAGAAGCAUCUGGGGGAGUUCUGUGGCUCCCUUAAGCAGUACUUGAAGACUGUGGCAGGAGAACGGGACUGCUUUCAUGUAACUGCAGUCAGGCUUCCUGAUGGGGUCACUUUCAUCGUCUACGAGUUCUGGGAGUCAGAGGAUGACUGGAAGAGGCAUCUCCAGAGUCCUGCUUGCAAAAGCUUCCAGCAUGUGAAAGUGGAUACGCUCACCCAACCGGAAGCAGUCUCCAGUGUGUCGGUGCCAGCUGCUUGGUGCACCCUCAACCAAGACUGAUCAGGGAAGGCUGGCAUUGUUCCCUCUUCACCAGGCACUCUUGGAAGUUUCCGCUGUUUUGCAGAGAACAAAACUCCUGUCUUUUCUAACGACUUUGUUAACAGGUGUUGUCUUUCUCCCCCUC